CUUCUCCAGAGGAGGAACCAAGACGUGCUGGAGACAUGAAGAUUUUACUGUUGUCUCUUGUCCUUGUUGCGGUUUGCGAUGCCCAACAACCCUUACUUAAUGCAUUGACACAGCUUUCAGGACAAUGGAAGACGAUGUACCUAGCAGCUAGCAAUGCUGACAAGCUCAGUGAAAACAGCCCAUUUAGGGGUUAUAUGAGACAUGUUGAUGUGGACAUACCAAGAAAGAAAAUCUUAUUCAAUUUUUUCAUCAAGGUGAAUGGAGAAUGUGCAAAAAAAUCUGUCAUGGGAACUGUAGGACUCAACAAUGUGAUCCAUAUCGAUUAUGAGGGGACCAACGAUUUCCAAGUUGUCAGGAUAACCCCAAACAUUAUGCUGGGCUAUGAUAUCAAUGUGGAUGAAAAAGGACACACCACAGAUCUCGUUUUAUUGGCGGGCAGAACACAUCAACUCAAUGAGGAAGCCGUUGAGAAAUUCAAGGAGUUGGUUAGACAAAGGAAUAUUCCGGAAGAAAAUAUUGUAAAUCUCGUCGGUACUGAUGACUGUCCCGUCAAUUAACAAAACCAGUGACACCAACUCCUUCUAAAUAUUCCGUGUCACUGAGAAGUGGACACAUCCUUUUCUGCAUGGAAUCAGGAUCAACAGUAUCAAGAAAGCAUUGCUUGA